ACUUGCCUUUAUGCACUGUGGAUCAUGCAGAACUCUGUGCCAGAGGAGUCCAGUGGAAUGAAUGAGUUCACAGGCCUUCAGUCCCAGCAGCCCCCUGGCUCACAGAGUUAUGGGGCUACUGCACCAACUACAAGUACUUCUCAGUUCUUACAGACACCAGGAAAUGUUUCAGCAAAGAGAUCUUACCUAGCAGUUGGUGUGCUGUGCUAUAUCAACUUACUCAACUACAUGGAUUGGUUUAUUGUAUCAGGGGUGCUGGUAGAUAUAAAGAAGUACUUUAACAUCAGUGAUGCAAGUGCAGGCUUACUGCAGACAGUCUUCAUCUUCUUUUUUUCACUGUCUGCACCCUUCUUUGGAUACCUUGGUGACCGGUACAACAGGAAAGUCAUCCUCAGUGUUGGUAUCUUCCUCUGGUCAGGUGUGACGUUAGGCAGCUCAUUCAUCACUGAAUCGUACUCCUGGAUAUUCUUCCUUUCACGAGGAUUUGUUGGCAUCGGCACAGCCAGUUACUCCACCAUAGCGCCUACCAUCAUUGCGGACCUGUUUGAGAGGGACCAAAGGACCUGUAUGUUGUCUGUCUUCUAUAUCUUCAUCCCAGUUGGAAGUGGUCUUGGUUAUGUUCUGGCAUCUAGUGUAACACAGGCUGCUGGCCACUGGCAUUGGGCAUUCAGGAUAACUCCUUGUAUGGGUGUUAUAGCAGUGGCUCUUCUGAUUCUACUGGUCCCUGAUCCAACCCAGGAUGCCCCUGAGGGACAUGGAGGCCAGAGCAUCUCCCACACAACUCAGGGAGCAGAUAAGAAGUCUGGUGCCGAGAGUACUGCCAGCACGACCUGGUGUGAAGAUGUCAAGUCCCUCAGCAAGAACCGAAGUUUCAUCUGGUCCUCACUGGGUGUGACAGCCAUGGCCUUUGUGACUGGAGCCCUGGGAUUAUGGGUACCAGUGUUCCUUUCCAGGGCUCAGCUAUUCCAUGACCUUGUACCUCCAUGCCUUCAGGAGCCAUGCGAUUCUUCCACCAGCCGAAUAUUUGGAGCAAUUACCAUCGUGACGGGAAUUGUUGGUGUCAUCACCGGGGCAGGAGUUGCAAGAAGAUAUAAGAAGAUAAACACUAAGGCCGACCCUCUUAUCUGUGCUGUGGGCAUGUUCUCCUCCGCCUCAUGUCUCUAUCUGUCUAUCAUGCUGGCUGAGCAGAGCAUCCUUGCUACCUAUAUUUUUAUUGCACUUGGAGAAUUUUUUUUAGCCUUAAACUGGGCCAUUGUGGCUGACAUACUACUGUAUGUGGUGAUGCCAAAGUGCCAGUCAACAGCUGUUGCCUUGCAGAUUUUCAUGAGCCAUUUGCUGGGAGAUGCAGGCAGCCCAUACCUCACUGGAAUUAUCUCUGAUGCUCUCCAGACCAGGCAGAAUGACUCACACCUGGGGGCCUUCCGGAGCCUGCAAUACAGCUUCAUCCUGAGUACCUUCAUUGGUGUCCUUGGGGGAGGCUUUUUCCUCCUGACAGCCCUUCAUGUUGAGAAAGAUCGUGAGGAAGCCCAGCAACUUUGCAGAGGUACUGAGAACAAAGGCUACGUUUCAAGUGAAGAUGAACUCCAGGAUGAGCUCCCCAAAGCGUGAAGGAGCCACUGCCUCUUUUCCUUUUGCCUGAUGAAGCUACAGUUGGAGGAAAAGGCCAAAUAACAAUCCUUCCAUAUGGAAGGAAAAACCUGUGUACUGAUUUUUAUGAUGCUUUUGACUGAGAGUCAAAACCUGCUACUGAAAUGGCAUAUGGCAAACCUCCACCCCCAUCUGUGAGACUGGCACGAGAGCUCUGAGGAGCUUAGUAGCUCCAGAAGCCAGGAGUAUAGAGCUGUCACAGAAACGGAUAUUAUCCCAAAGAAGACAACAAAACCCAUUUAAGGUGGAAUGUCUAGUUGAGAUGGGGAAUGGGGUUACUGUAAAUUCUCAGCAGGAUUAUGAGUUGUCUGUCUAAAAGCUUGGAAAAUCAGGGCAAGUACAAACAUAGCUGGGGAUUCUGUAUCCCCAUGUCCUUAUUUAUGAGAAUGGAAGGCAAAGGCUGGCUGUGGAAUUGAACAAGUGUAACUAGGAGGGGCAGAACUUUCUGUUAUGGAAGUUUAAUAAAUUACAACGUUAAACAAUCACGGGGGAAAAAUGGAUAACUAACUCGGAGCAACUUCUGCAGGACAUUCAACCGUAACCUAGUAUGUCAGGGUCCAAAACGAUCUGGAUUCUGAAAUACUAACCAACUCUUCCCAGCUGUAGAAGCAACUGACGACAUUCUUCCACUAAAAUUCUGACUGGAAAGUGAAAUGGUGCAGAUGAAGUCUUAUAGUCACUGAUGGAUUCCGAGUGAAAGUGCUGGAACAGCUUGAGCUUGCAACAUGAGAUCAUGUGUCCACAUAUAGCAGCCUUUCAUGGCAUUUUCCCAGUGUUUUGUACCGGUUAUUGGCAAUGCCUGGAUUGACAGCUUUGGUUCAAGCAUGAUGGAACUGGUGGAGUCAGCAAUGUCUUUCACCCUUUGCUGCUGCACUGGUUCAGCCAGUCUUCCUAGACUUUCCAAAAUGUAGCACCUCAUUAUGGGAUGGAGUAAGGGGAACUAGAAAAAUACCAAAAAUGCCUCUGGUUGUACAGUGUGCUGUGCGGAUAAAUCUAAAGGGCUCUUGCAAACUCUUGUAGGUGAACAAGCUAAAUUGCAAGGGCAAUUAUUAAUCAUUCAUAUAUUUGAUAACUCUGCAGCCAUGUCUUCACUAGGGACAACUGACAACAAGCACAUCAAUCUCUUAUGCCCUAAAUUUACCCUCGUUUUCAGAAAGGGCAAACCCCAGACCAAUCUGGUAACAAUAGAAAGCUCAUUGGAACUUAAAAUACACACAGUGUAAAGCUCUCAUAGAAAUAAUUAGCAGUACUUCAUCUAGAAACAAAAAAACCCAUGGGGCUAAAUCCUGAAGUCCUCAGUAAGGAAAUAGGAGUUGGCCCCAUGUAACUUGAUUAAAUUAAACUGGAAAAAGACACUUUUCCUCCAGAAUAAAAGUGUCCGCAUAGUGACUUAUACCAAAAUAAUUAUUCUGGAAUAGCUAUUCCAAAACUUCCAAGUGUUGACAAGUCGUAAUACUUGGGACCAAAUUCUGCCUCUGUGGUACUUACAGAGUUCAGUGGCAGGUGUACACCAGAACCAGAGGCCAGAACUUUGUCAUCUGGUCAAUUUAAUUACACAAACUUUUAUUGGUUUGCCACUUUGUAUUAGAUAAUUUUUCUUCAUAUUUUAUUUGUUUUUUUGAGAAUUUGCAUAUAUUCAUGCUAUACUAAAGGUUCUACAUUCCUUCGUAAGUCACACAUCACAUUCACAUGCAGCUAUACACCAUAACUAUGAAUUGACCAGGGUGUAUUUUGUUUUGACUGUUACUACCUUUCUGGCCAAGAAUUAUAUCUUUUAAGAUAAUGGAAGAUAGUAAAAGAGUUUGGAACUGAAUGGCUGUGAGAUUCAGUAAAGGAAUCUGACACCUUCAACAUCCAGGCUGACUCUAGCCUAGGGUAAGCAGUGAUGGAAAGUUGCUACCACUAACAGGUGCCCACAUCACAGAAUCACCACCACAAUAGGCUCCUAACAGUCUUGGCAGAGAGGCCGAGAUUUUAAAGGGCCAUGGAGCCUAUAGUAUCUAUCUCUUCUGUUAGAGGGUAAGGCAUGUUUGGGGCAGCAUUAUGAAGCUUUCCCUGCACUGCAUUGUCUGUUCUGUGAAUAAUUCCGUAACUGUCAAAUCGGAACUAAAACUCGCUGUUCUUUGAAAAAAACAAAAACCAAAAAACUCACUGUGAGAGUUCGAUACUCAAUAUAUUGAGUGAGAGAUGGCAAAUAGCUUUUUUUGCAGAAUUCCUUGAUAAAACCGAUUCCAGCUCUGAUUUCCUGAAAUCUUACCUGCCUGUGUGCAAGUUCAUGAAAAUAGGACUUCAUGGUAGAAAUCAGAGGUGCACAAGGCAACACUUCACUCCAGUAUUUUUCCAAUGCAUGCUUUUUUUAUUGUCAUGCUGCAGAGAGAUUUUUUAACUAUGCUGCUACUGAUCCCAGCCAUCUAAAAGGCUAGAUGCUCUGAGUUUUGCUUGUGACCAGACAGCAAGUGUGAAAAAUCAGGACAGGGUGUGGGGGGUAAUAGGAGCCCAUAUUUAAAAAAGCCCCAAAUAUCAGGACUGUCCCUAUAAAAUUGGGACAUCUGGUCACCGCUAACUGCUCUGAAACUGCAGGACUACCGUAUGGCUUGUUGAGGCAGGGCUCUUUCAGACUGGCAAUGACUGAGUGAGUGUAAAGAACCUGUGGGUAGUUAUUCUUGAAAGCUGUGAAAUUCUUUUCCUGAGGCAUUUGAGCCUGAAGGUAGGUCUGCAUUGGCGCAGCUGCUGUGCUUUAAUGAAGAUGCUCUAAGCUGACACGAGAAAGCUUCUCCCAUUGGCUUAGUUAAUCCACCACAGGUCUCCUGCUGGUAUAGCACAGUCUACACUGCCACUUAGGUCGGUGUAACUACGUCACUCAGAGGUGUGGAUUAUUCACAACCCUGAGCAACGUAGUUACACUGAAGUAAUUCUGUAGUGUAGACCAGAGCAGAGAGCUUGAUUUGCAGUCUUUAACCUCUGAUGCUUUUUUCAAAAUUUGCCUGAUCAGACCUUCAGUUUUUUCCCUUUGUUCACUCACUACAGCUAGCAAAUUAAAUAUUUAUCAGAAAAGAAGUGUAACUGCUUGGGUGGGAUGCAUGAAAGGGAUUAGACUUCUUUAAAUAAAAAAUCAACCUGCUGAAAAAUUUUAGUAUGCUCUUUAACAGACAGCACCAAUAUUUACAUUGAGAGAUGAAAGAAACAAUUUGGCUACAUUGGGGUGGGAGAUGAGAUUUUGUCUCUAGGGUAGGAUGAGUGCAUGGAGGUGGUAUCAAACUUGCUGAUCUCUGACACCUCCUGGUUGACUGGAGGGGCAUUUCAGGCUAUCCGCAUAUUGAAUUUUCUGCAUUACUGGGUGGAGGAAAAGUGUGUUAUAGGUUCAUGUUAGCUCGAGGUGGAAGUCUUAUUAGAACAUGGCAUCCCUACUCUUGAAAGCAGAGGAUAUAGAGAAUGUAUCAGUUAUUACAACUGAUGUUAUCCCCAAGCCAUGAUAACAGACUACAAAACUAAAUGUGGGGAAAAUUGUAAGAAAGGAGUUGCCCCAGAAUAAAGUAAGGGCAGUUCUUUCUAGUCCCCCCUUUCCCUUUUACUCUAGCUGUAUAAGCUUGAAAAUAUUGUCCUUCCUACCUGUUUUGGCCCCUCUGGCACCAGGAAGAAUUGAUAUCUGACAUCAGGAGCUAGGUGUUGAAAGCCAUUUUUGCACACUUCUCAUGUCUAUGAAACCAUGUGUCAGCCCUAGCUGUAAAAUUUGGAUCUGGAUCCAAAUAUCCAAAACGUUGCGGUUAAUAAAAGCUGGUGUGAUAACUUUUAAUGUGUGCUUGGGUUUUGGCUUUGCUCAUUAUGGAAUUAGCAUUAUCCAUGAUGUUUAGAUCUGAACUUCCCAAAGUUUGGGGGUAGUCAGAACUGACGUUACACAGCAUUUGGAUGAUGCAUAGCUUAAUUUUCAGGCAUGUGCAAAAGAAUCUGGACCCAUAGUGAACAGUCACACCGUGGUGCCAACUCUCAUUACAAAUGUAGUUCUAGGUUUGUGUUCUUGAUCAAGGGGAAAUUAAAUAAUUGAGUUAACUGUUGUUCAUAAGAAUUGUCUAAUACAAGAACAUGUGCCUACUUAUAUGGCUCUCAGCCACCGUCCUCUUGCUGUCUUUUCCUGGGCUUACUUAAUUCUAACAUGUUCCCUAUUCCUACCAUAAUUCUUGGUAUAAGAUUUGAUGUCUUAGAAUUUUAAAUCAACCAAGAGAUGUUGGGAAGGAUAUAACAUUUAAGGUUAUACACUUCUAGAGUGCCAUCAAAAACCUUUAGUAGGCCUGUUGUUGGAACCGUAUUACAUGCCAAUAAAGUAAUGAGCAUUAUUUAGGUGUCCACUGCACGUAAAUUAAUUAGAAUACAAAGUGCCUGCUGUGUUCGAAGUAGACAGAAGUGAUGCCUCGUUGCAAUGAAUUUUCUAACUUGCACAUGUGUGUCUGCCCACUUAGAAAAGAGCUGCUGUAUAACUUCUGGUUACUGAGUGAGUUUGUUCUUUCGUCUUGGAAUCGUCUUUGUGUGAUUCAAUAAAAGGUUAGUAUGUUAAGGAAACCGAAGUGGAGGCUCAUAAUGAAUGCAGGAAUGCGCAAUCACCUAGAAGAUUUCAGUUUGUCUCUUGUAUUUGGCAAAUGAAUAAA